AUGGUGUUCUGUGCAUAUUGCGGGAAGAGCUUCACGCGCAAGGAGCACUUGGAGAGACACAUACCUAUCCACACAAACGUAAAGCCUCACCGAUGCAGCGCAUGCCAAUUGUCUUUUGCGCGGAGAGACCUCCUGCAGAGACAUCACUCGACAUAUCACGAAGCCCAUCCGAUGGAGCCGCCACCUGGGGGGGUUCCGACUGUUGCCGGGAAAACACCUAUCGCUUGCCUGAAUUGCGCACAAGCAAAGACCGGUUGCGAUAAGAGAGUGCCUUGUGCUCGUUGCGCCGACAAGAACCUUCCAUGCGCUGCCCGCUUCGCCAGACGGUCUUCCAAGGCGGCGCUCCGAGCUGCUCAAGCCAGCGCAGCCAUGAGCAGUCAAGUUUCAUUACCACCGCAGACCACCUCGGAUACACCAACGGUCAACCCGGCAUUUAUGGACAUGGACCCUGCGACAGCAACAAGGCAAGACUCACCAGGUCAGCCCGUCAUGACCCCUGAUGGUACUAUAACUAUCGACCCGAGGAUACAACAUCAAGACAGUCCUCCGAAGAAGAGUUCGCCCGCCAGCUCCAACCAUUUGAGCCCGGAAAACUAUCCUUCACCGCACGCGAGGGUGGAUGGCAUGGACGAUUUCAUGCAACUAGGCAAUGAUUUCAUGCCCCACGAUGGCAACUAUCAGGACAUGUUAGUAUGGCAGGAUUACCCUUUGUCCAUGGACAUGUAUCCUUCGAGUAUGUCUCUUGGGCGCGCCGAUGUACCCUUGCCUACCUUCACCGAUCUCAGCGACAUGUCAUCCAAUUCGGAACACAUGAGCUCGUCGAGGGGCUCUAUUCACACCAGAAGCACCAGCAUCAUGUCGAGUGGUGAUUUUGAGACUACCAUCAAGACAGUUGAGAUGGCAGCGUCGAGUCCCAGCGAAGUACCCGAGUUCGAAGUUGUUAUCGCAGCCGAGGCCGCCUGGCCGCUCGCGCGUUGCAACCCCCCAGUUUUUUCAGGCACCUGCCCUCGAACUGCAAUAGUACAUUUGGAGUCGCUGGAGCAGAAGUCCAAGCACGAAGGUACUUGGGACGCCCUGGAAAAGUACCUGGAGCAAGUGGACUGGGACGCAGCCGAUUUAGCAUCUGUCAUCCCUAUGGACUCGCGCACUCGCGACAAGAUGCUGGCAAUCACCCAGACCUUCCUCCACAAGGCCCUCGAGAUUCACCGCGGCGGUGUCAAUAGCAAUAGUAACGGCCGAUACAGCAGCGCCGGGAUGCUGACAUUCCUGGUGUUACCGCCGCCCAAGAUCCUCGAGUACUUCCUCCGGAGUUACGUCAGGAGCCUCUCUUUUUUCUAUUCUCUUGUGUCGACGGGCUGCGUAGAUCCCAACGAGAUGAUCCAGAACAAUCAAGCAUCAACCCUCCUUGUGUUGCUCAUGAUUGCUCAAGGUGCCUCGGCGGUACCUACGGCUGAAGCGAGAGCUUUGGCUGCGGGUCUCAUCGAGACGUGCCGCAUCUCUCUGUUCGACAUCAUUGAGAAGGAUAUUGAGAUGUGUGCUGAUCCCAUAGCACUCCGCUGCGCUCUGCUCUUCACACUGCUCGGUGCGUGGAGCGGCGACAAGUGGCUGAUGGACAUCGCCAUGGGCCAGCGCGGCAUGUAUCUUUCGAUGCUUCGACACGCGGGAAUGCUCGAGUCGCAGCCAUCCAUGAUCCCCUCAUUCCAAGGCUCCACCAGUACCGAGCUGCAAUGGCGCACUUGGCUACACAGAGAAACGCAGAACAGGCUAGUGUACAACUAUGUGAUGGUGGACCAAGAACUCAGUUUGUUCCACGACACAGCUCCCAUGCUGUCUGUUAGCGAGCUUUGCGCUCCUCUUCCUGGGCCCGAGUUGCUCUGGAUGUCGGCCAAUGCUGAACAAUGGAUGGCCGGCAUGCAGUCCAUUUACGGUUGCACUGCCAAUGUCAACGCCCAACUGCUCACCACACCUUCUCUUACACCCUCACUAUAUGACAUCUUCCAAGACUUCCUUCACGACAACCUGUCGAGGAGGCAAAGCAGCUUGACGCCACAGCAGCUCCGGUUGCUUUUGCACCCACUGCAGUCUCUGCUGUGCCAUCUGCGUCAGAUGCUGUCCUGCUUCUCCGACCUGCUCAGCACGAGGCGAACCACGGCACGAACCGUCACCAAGGCAUCAACAAUGUUGCGUCUUGAGGAGGUGCAGGCGCUGCUUCAAAAGUGGUAUGAAUUAUCUAUCACGUACCACAAAACCAACCCCAACUGUCCCGUCAGCAAGACAAAUUUAGUGCUUUACCAUCUCAUCUCAUUGAACGCUGUCACCCAUUUUCCCGAGAUUGAGCGCCUAGCCCGUCGCGAGGCGUUUGACGGCUCGUACUGGGAGCUCGGCCUCCGCUACAAGCGCUGUGUUUACCAGCGUGAAGAAGCCAUUUUCCACAGCGGCCAAGUCCUGCGUCUCGUCCGCGCAAUGCCCGUGGACCGUCGGCCCUGCUGGUGGAGCGUCGCACUCUACCGCGCGACUCUCAUCCUUUGGACCGACAGUGUCUCAAGACUUGACCCCAACUUUCAGAAGCAUGACUCGGGAAAUCCGGUCGCCAUCGACCAGGUCACACCUGAGGAUCCGGCCCUCAUUGCUUAUCUUUGGAACGGAGACGGCAUCCCCGUCUUGACACAUCGCGACGGCACCACAGCCAAUCUGGAAAAGCCCAACGAUGUGCUGAGCUACGCGGCUAAAUUUAUUGAGGAGGGCAUCAGCUCCAGGUUGAACGACGGUAUCAGGCGCAAGAUUGUGGCGCUGGGGAACAAUUGGAAUGUGGACGGGACGGUCAUGACUACGGCAUAA